AUGACAGGUUUUGGUUCUCCUUGUGGAGCUUGCAAAUUUUUGAGAAGAAAAUGUUUAAGGGGUUGUGUUUUUGCUCCUUACUUUUGUCAUGAACAAGGAGCUACACACUUCGCCGCAAUUCACAAAGUUUUCGGUGCAAGCAAUGUUUCGAAGCUUCUCACUCAUCUCCCAUUAGGUGACCGCUGUGAAGCUGCUGUUACAAUUUCCUACGAAGCUCAAGCUAGAAUACAAGAUCCUGUAUAUGGAUGUGUUGCUCAGAUUUUUGCUCUCCAACAACAGGUUGUGAGCUUGCAAGAACAACUAACAACACUGAGAGCAGAGCAAGCAGCCCAAGGUUUCGUUAAUGGAGGAAACAUUACUACUUCAACAAAUGAUCAUAUUCAUCAACAGGACAAUCACAACAAAUUGUUCUACGGAGAUUUUCCUACUACAUAUCCACAAGAUAUUGAAGCUUUAAAUAUGCAGUUAAAUGAAUCGAAGAUAUUAUCCGAACAGUUAUAUCAAAACAAUACUUCUAUGAAUGAUAGCAACAGUACUGCUACCACUGAUGAAGAAAACAUGUUCUAUUAUGAAAAUGGAGUAGUGAAUAUGGAAAAUUCACCAAGUAUUCAAAUGAGUCAAGAAUAUCAUGAUCGUGAUUCUUUUACACCACCCGAAGAAACUGUUCAUCAGUUUAUGACUGGUGCAAGUUUGGAUGAGCAAUACUACGCAUCUGAUGAACAUCAACAACAUGCAGCAAUGGCUUCUCUAUAUCUGGAAGACAUGCAAAUGGAUGCAACGAAGUGGACGUUUCAAGGCACUAAUAAAGACGACCUUCAGUCGAUGGCUUUUCCUUAUUUUCAACACUCAUAA